AUAGUGUAAAAAUGGAAGUGCAUAACAACCGACAAGUCAGUAGAGGGGUGGAAAAUGCAAUGAGCAUCGUAUUACCAAAAAGGGCUAAUGUCGAUUUCCUAGCACCGUCGCAGGCUUUGCAGGAUGCAAGGAAGAAACUUGGACCGAUUUAUUUUGACGCCAAAUUAAUUGAAUGUCCACAAAAUGCUGUGGAACUUUCAAAACUUAUACAGGAAUGGGAUGAAAUAGACAAGAAGAAAUUCAAGGUUCUUGAAGAAGCAAGAAGGAAUCAGAGGGUGUUACUUCAUACGCUGGGCUCUCGGUACUCUUUUUCUAAGCAUGUGUCAGGUUUAAGCUCUGCCUCUGACCUACGAGACGUAAAGCUUCCGCCACCAGGCUUCCGUUAUCAUUCGAACGGGUUACCAAAAUUAUCUCUUGUCCCCGAUCAAGACCGCUUUCCCGAAUAUACUCCAUCGCAAAGCUGGUUAGAUUUAAAGUUUGAAGGCAACGAGGAGAAAUUUGUGAGACCACUUAGUCCGCCACGACACCAUUUGCAUGAUAAAGAUCUUGAUAUUUCGGAAACUCCGAUUGAAAAUGUUUCCGGCAAUGUUAGCCUUUCUUCGGUAAAUUCGGACGCACAGACGACGGAAACUGAUAAAUAUGUUCAAGGCGAGUCUAGAAUCACUAUUGCGAAGAUUGAAAAACAGGAACCGUCUUACCAUAUUGACUAUGAAAAUGAAAUUAAGAAUCUCGAGAACAUUAUUAAGGAAAUAAACGAGGAUCUGGAGAAAAACAACAUCGACCUUUAUGAAAAUUCUGGCAGUGCCAAAGGUAAAGUUUAUGCGUUUCUUAGAGCGCAUGCUCGCGGUGACAAGGUAUCUUUAAAACAGCUCGUGGAACCACACGAAUCGUCUAGACCUAACGAUAGAUUUGCUAUACUACCUGGAUCUUCUACGUUUGAUGUUCGUGAUUCUUUAGGAAAAUCAAAGAGUUUGAAAUCAGAUCUCCAUAAACGAAAAAUUAACACCCGGAAUCAUGGUAAUUGUGUGGCAUGUGUAUGCAGAAUUAAACACGACAAUGCCGCCCUAACCCAAAAGAGGAAGGAUGUCAGCAAAAUGGUUCUAAAACGAUGGAACAGCUCAACGCGCGGAACGAUAUACGAUAGCGCCUCAACCCUAUCAACAGCGUUUCUCAACAAGCGUGCGUGUUCAUCUGAGGCGUUACGAAAAAAACAAAGUUCUCCUUCACGAGCAGGCAUUGCUUCUCCCACAAGGCUCUCGAAAACUGCCGUUCCUCAGCAGGACGAGAAAAAAAAUAAUUCAAAUAUACGAACGAAGAAAUCCUCGCAAGUGGUGUUCAGGACAGAAAGUCGGCCUACAAAUACCCAUUUAUUAUUAGGCACCACAAAGAGCACACCCGAAACUUCUAUACGGAAGCAAAGUUCGAGAGAACAUGUACAAUUAAGGAAUACUAAGAGUGCAAUGAGCGAGAGAAAAAUAGAGGCAUUUGAGAGAAGAGCACAAAGCGUCAUGUUUAAUCGUCCUUCGUCUUCUUCAAGGGAGAAUCAGUCUAGAAUGGACUUCCUCAAAGCGGAUGCGCGUUUGGAAGAACUGGAGUGUACUCGGAAAGUGGAAGCGUUCGUCGAGAAAAUAAAGAAAAUGACUGCGCCACCCAAACCAAAUUAUGCAUUUAUUUAGCACAUGACACUUAGUGUCCAUUUAUUACGUGUUGAUGUGUGCAUCUAACAGUACUGCAAUAUCCUUCCACCUCCCGGAAGUAAUGGGUGCCACCGGUACAAACAGCCGCCUCUAUCCUGACCGGAUUAAUGGCUAUGCCCCGUGUACAUAGUAGGAUGCUUGUUGCUUGUAUGGACAUGCUGUAUAUAAACUAGUACGAAGUAAACAGCAUGUACAUUUUU